CAGCUCCUUCUUCUAAGAUCCUCAAUUCUCUUUGACGGGUUCUUAAUGACUCUUCUUGUGCGCGCCUCAUAUCGCUUUCGAAUUCACGACGUGCAUCCUCCUCUUCGCGCCUCCUGUCUCGAGCUAUCCGCUUCGAUUCACGCAUAGCAGCAGCCAUGCUCUCUUCGAAUUUCCGAUCUUCUUCAUCUUCUGAGUCAGAGGAUUGAUUCAUCGAGGAUCUUCGAGCUUGUCUCCGUAUGGUAGUCUUUGUCGAUUUGGUUGCGACCUUUCUAGGCUGCCUUUCCGCUUCCUCGGGGCUCUCCUCUCGUGCCCUUUCGCGAGCUCUGCUUCCUGAAGCGGAUUUGGAUGUGUUCUUAGUCGAUUUAACUAACCUCUUCUGUUCGUCUUUCGAAGAUCUAUGGUUCUCUUGUGGUUGUUUCUCAGGUGUAUCCCCAGUACUCUCCAUCUUCCGAGAAGUUGACUCCCUACUGGUGGGUGUGGAUUUGUCUUCCUCAGCUACGAAUUUGCUAGUAUCUGGUGAAUUUGAAUAUUCAUGCGAAUCUUGACUAGUAGAGUCGUUUUCUGACAGCAUGGGAAGAAGCCACCCUGCCCAAGCGCUGGUGGAAUCCAAGAUUUC